UCAAACAAUGAAAUUCGAAUUUUGAAAUGGCCGUUUACUGUUUUGCUGGAUAAACGAAGCGUUGUUUUUCGUUUUAGUGUAUUUUAUGCAUUUAUUAUUUUUCUAAGAUUUAAAAGAUGUCUCGUAUACCAAAAUUGCCAACUACGAAAGAAAAUAGGCCUGGCUUAAUGAAUCUAAGGAAUAAUGUUGUGACGAGAACUAUUGGUAAUGGCCUGAGUGACGCUGAUAAAAAGAGUUUGCUUUUGAACCACACUAAGCCUAUGAAAGCAUCGACGACAUCAACCGUCGCGGCUCCGCGGCUGAAGAGAGCUGCAACUGCCCCAACUGCAGUUUCAGUGCCUUCGAAAGUAAACAAGGUGGAAAAAAAAGCCACCGCUGCAGUAAGGAUCCCACCUUAUGAUUAUAAAGCGCGAUUUAAUGAUUUAGCAGAAAAACAUAAAGUAAUUAAAACUGAACUGAGCGAUUUAAAAGAUAAACAUAUAGAAGUAUCUGAUGAAUAUGAAAAGAUUAAGGAAAUUUAUGAAAGUAGUAGUAGUGAGAGUGCCAUGUUAAAAGAGAAACUAUUGAAGAGUAUGAAUGAAUUGAGAGAAAAAUCUAAUGAAUAUAAUAGUAUAAAACUUGAUUAUGAAAUUCAGAAACGUGAGGUUGAAGAUCUUCACAAUAAAACAAAAAUAUUGGAAGAUGUUACGAACAGUCUAAAAGUUAAAUCGGCUGAAUAUGAUAAAUUAAAACUAGAAUAUGAAGAGUUGAGCAGAAGGCACAAAAGUCUUCAGGAAGAGACUGAAGCGUUGCGAGUACUCACAGAACAGCUCAAAAAAGUAUCAGUUGACUAUGAUAAACUCAAAGAAGAUCACAAAAUAGCAAUAGAAACAAUCAAUAAUACUAAAAAUGACAAAGAUGCACUACAAAAUAUUCUGGAUACUAUGUACAGAGACCAGAGAAUCUUAAGGAACACAGUGCAAGAUCUAAAAGGUAACAUAAGAGUCUACUGUCGAGUUCGACCACCACUAGAAUCUGAAACUAACAAACCAUUGUACAACUUGAAUGUACUUGAUGCUUGUUCAAUUGAGGUUGAAAAAAUUGAAUUACUCAAUUCAGCAAGGAAGGGAAAAUCUCAGCAUUCUUUUACUUUUGAUGGUAUUUUCACCCCGCACUCAUCCCAGGAAGAUGUAUUUGCUGAAGUCGCUCCUAUGGUCCAAUCAGCACUGGAUGGAUACAAUGUGUGCAUUUUUGCAUAUGGACAAACAGGGUCAGGUAAAACAUAUACUAUGGAAGGAAGUUGUGGAGCGGAGAAAUAUGGUAUAAUACCACGAUCAAUAAACAUGAUUUUUAACUGUAUGGAGGACCUCAAGAGAAUGGGUUGGGAGUUAACAAUAAAGGCGUCAUUCUUGGAAAUUUACAAUGAGAUCAUUUAUGACCUACUCAACUCAAGCAAAGAACAGGAGAGUCAUGAUAUUAAAAUGGUCAACUCAAAAGGCACGGACGUCUAUGUUUCCAACUUGCAGGAAGAAGAAGUUAAGAGCUCUCAUGACUUCAUCAGGCUGUUAAUUUUUGCACAACGUAACAGACAAACAGCAGCAACAAUAAACAACGAAAGGAGUUCCAGAUCCCAUUCUGUGGCACAAAUCAAAAUAUCUGCCAUUAAUGAGAAACGUAAGGAAAAGUUUACCAGUAACUUGAAUCUGGUUGAUCUGGCCGGGUCUGAGAGUGGCAAGACAACUCAAAGGAUGGAUGAGACAAAGCACAUAAAUAGAUCACUCUCUGAGCUUUCCAAAGUGAUAUUAUCAUUGCAAACUAACCAAUCUCAUAUUCCAUACCGGAAUUCAAAGCUUACUCAUCUCCUUAUGCCCAGCUUGGGUGGAAAUUCUAAAACCCUUAUGUUGGUGAAUAUUAAUCAAUUCGAUGAGAGUUUUAACGAGACUCUUAACUCCUUAAGAUUCGCUACCAAGGUUAACAGCUGUAGAACAGUUAAAGCCAAAAAGAAUUUAACUAUGGUUGACUUUUAAUUGAUAGCAAUUAUAUUUACACAUUUACCUUUAAUUUAUAUUACUAGUUAGUACAAUAAAGUAAUAUUACAACAUUUAUUGCAACAAAAAGUCACCUAAUCCAGUAGCAAAUAUUGGAAAAUACACCAAAACAGUAAUGUAAAUUAAAGUUACGGACAAUUUAGAAUAACAAUUAUAUUUUAAUUUGCUACGGCUAUCUUAAAUAUACUGAUGUAUUCCACCGAUCUGUUAUAUUCAUGUUACGAGUUUUUUAAUAGAUUAUAAAUUUAAAAAAAAAUGUUUCCAAAAAAUGUAUUCUUUUGGAAAAAUUAUGUUGGAAUUGUAGUUAUAUGAAAAAAGUAGCAUAUUUUGGUAAUAAAAAUAGACAUUGAUAUUUUUCUAUACUUAUUCAUUUCUUGUAUACAUAUUCUCAGUAUUUUCCUAACUUGUAUAGUUUUUAUGGAUAAUAAAUACCUGUAAGCUGCUGGUUUAUGUAAUCAGCUACAGACCUACAUAUACUGACAUAAUUUUUUACUAUUUUGACCAUGAUUUUAUUUACUAGGUACACAUAUAGUUUAGUGCCCUUACGCACUAGCGGUUGUACGCACUAAUCAUAA